CUAUUUUCCUCUGUCUAAAAACAGCCCACUAACAAUUUUUUUUUUUAUUCAUUUUAAGAUUAUCUUACUUGUCCACUCUUUUCAUCUUUCCAAUUACUUCUCUCACUUCUCCAUUUCUAUCUCCCCAACCCACACGUAAUUCAUUACAUCCUCCUCUCCCUCUUUGCUGGGUUCUUUUUGCAUUUCCCCAACUGGUUUUCUCUUUAUUUUUGGUGGGUUUGUGUUGAAUUUGUAAAAGAACUGAUUUUUGGGGUUAUUCUUUUUGCAAUUCAGAACCAUUCAGCAGCUGGGUUGGUGUUUAAUUUGUGAAAGAACGGAUUUUGGGGGUUAUUUUUUGACAAUUCGGAACCAUUCAGCAACUGGGUUGGUGUAAAAUUUUUGUGGGUUUGUGUUGGAAUUGAGAAAGAGUUGAUUUUUUUAAGCGAUGAUGCCAGCUUCAACAAUUGAGCAGCAUCAAGAGGAAUCAUCAACAAACAGUGCGAUUCCGGGGAGAUCUGGUCCUUUUGCAAACCUUAGAGGCGUUCAAUGGCGUGUUAAUCUUGGGAUUUUACCUCCUUCUUCUUCAAUUGAUGAUCUUCGCAGAGUCACGGCUGAUUCUCGAAGAAGAUAUGCUGGCUUAAGAAGGCGCCUGCUUGUUGAUCCACAUUUGCCCAAGGAUGGAAGUAAUUCUCCUGAUCCUGUCAUGGACAAUCCACUUUCACAAAAUCCAGAUAGCACAUGGGGUCGCUUCUUUCGGAGUGCUGAGCUUGAAAAAAUGGUUGACCAGGACCUAUCACGUUUAUAUCCAGAACAUGGGAGUUACUUCCAGACACCUGGAUGCCAAGGCAUGUUAAGACGGAUCUUGUUAUUGUGGUGCCUUAGACAUCAAGAAUAUGGUUAUAGACAAGGAAUGCAUGAACUUUUGGCUCCUUUAUUAUACGUUCUUCAUGUUGAUGUGGAUCGUCUUUGUCAAGUGCGAAAGGAGUAUGAAGACCACUUCACUGACAAAUUUGAUGGUUUAGCAUUUCAUGAAAAUGAUCUUACAUAUAACUUUGACUUCAAAAAGUUUAUAGAUUCCAUGGAAGAUGAGGUUGGCUCCCAUGGAAAUUCAGCAAAAGUUAAGAGCCUUGAUGAACUUGAUCCUGAGAUACAGACGAUUGUACUGCUAAGUGAUGCAUAUGGGGCUGAAGGUGAACUGGGUAUUGUCUUGUCUGAGAAAUUUAUGGAACAUGAUGCUUACUGUAUGUUUGAUGCUUUAAUGAGUGGAGCCCGUGGUUCAGUUUCCAUGGCAGAUUUUUUUGCUCCCUCCCUUGCAGGUGGGCCCCUCACUAGCUUACCUCCUGUCAUUGAAGCUUCUGCUGCAUUGUACCAUUUGCUGUCUAUUGUUGAUUCAUCUUUACACAGCCAUCUUGUUGAACUUGGUGUUGAACCUCAGUAUUUUGGAUUACGCUGGUUACGGGUCUUAUUUGGACGGGAGUUUUCGCUUGAAGACCUGUUGAUUAUAUGGGAUGAGAUAUUCGCGUCAGACAUUGGUAAAGUGAACAAAAGUGUUGAAAAUGAUGAAGACUCCACCUUUAAAAUUCUAUGUUCACCACAGGGGUCAUUAAUUGUGGCUAUUGCAGUUUCCAUGAUGCUUUAUUUGAGAUCAUCUCUGCUUGCAACUGAAAAUGCAACUUCCUGUCUUCAGAGACUGUUGAAUUUCCCAGAGAAUGUAGAUCUAGGCAAAAUUAUAGUCAAGGCAAAAUCUUUACAGGCUCUUGCGCUGGAUACCAAUAUUUCAUUGUCACAUUCUUCAUUCACCGGGGCUUAUAACCGGAGUAAGUCAGCAGUGGUGAGAGGACCCAACCUUCCAUCUGACUCUAUUUCUCCAAGAACUCCUUUAAGUGUUGUACCUGAUAGCUACUGGGAAGAGAAGUGGAGAGUUCUGCAUAAGGAAGAAGAAAAAAGACAAGGUAGUCCUGGAAAACAAAACCCAGCAAAGAAAAGAGGAUGGUCGGAAAGAGUAAAACUGAGCCUCUCUAGAACAGAAUCUGACCCAUCUCCAGCAAAGGUUGGCAAUGGCAAAAAGGACCUGAAGUCAUCUGUUAGGCGAAGUUUGCUGGAAGAUUUGUCACGGGAACUAGGUUUGGAGGAACAUAUUGAGAAAGCCAAUUCUUGUGAAGUUUCGAACCCUAAGGAGCAACCCUCGGUUGAAGUUGAGGUUGAGGGACAAGAUGAUGUCAUUAAGGACUUUACUUGCACAUCUGAUGAGAGAUGUUUGAGUGGAAAUGCUGGUAGUGAGGAAAACUCCUCUAUAUUCUCAGAUCCAGCAAGUUCAGUUAGUGGUGCUCAGGACAAUGAAAAUGACUCAGAAAAAAGUAGUGUUGCGUCAAAUUCAUCUGUUGAUGAAAAUGAUGGCCCUCCCCAGACUGUCCCAGAUGAUUCACCUCUUCCUGUUUCCCGUAGCCCUGAUGAUGUUUCUCAAGAUUCUCAAAUGGAUAAUGAAUCUGCAGAAAAAUCAGUGACAGGUCCCAGAGAGCGGAAGCUCCUUUUUGGUAAAUUCCCAUGGAUUUGGAAAUUUGGACGUAAUGCUGGUGGUGGUGAGGAGUCAUCUGAGAAAGGAGGAGGUGUGAUUGAGACUAAGAAAUCUGCUGAUGUUGAAGGCCAUCAGAGCAAUGCAACAGACUCUUCAGAUUCUGAAGGGUCUUUUAAGUCAUCCGCUAGCAGCAGACUAGAUACUGUGGACCAGAACGUGAUGGGGACUUUUAAAAAUCUUGGGCAGUCUAUGCUUGAACAAAUUCAGGUAAUCGAGUCGGUCUUCCAGCAAGAUCGUGGUCAGGUAGGGCCGUUGGAAAACUUCUCUAAAAAUGUUAUAGUCGGCAAAGGACAAGCUACAGCCAUGACAGCGCUCAAAGAGCUCCGGAAAAUUAGCAAUCUUUUAUCAGAGAUGUAAGGUUUGCUUUUAUUUAUGUGUUUCUGUAUAUACAUUUUGUAAUUACUAUAUUUUUAGUGAGAAAUAAAUAAGAAUUUUUGCUCUUUCAUCCA